UGCCCAGUGUAUAAUCACCCUUCGCAUCAUUACUGUCAUCCGGUACGAACGAUCAGGAACGUAAACACGUCGUAGAAAAAGGGACGACAUCGCACCAAUUGGAAGAAUUCCCCGUUCGUUCGUCGCCAUCGCAAGUUGUGAUUGCUUUGUUCUCUCGUCCGCCCGACGCAGUGUGUAAUUAGGAAGUGUAAUAUACAAAUCACCUGCAUAAAAUGAUUCGCAUUGGACAGCUGGUUGUGCGAAAUACGCAAAAGGUUAAGGGCAUCGAAAUUCGAAGAUGCCUUUCCGCUGCACCACAGGCCAAACAGGCCGAAGCUCAGCAGGCUGCACCAUCAGAGGCCGAUAAACGACCGAACAUGUCCUUUCUAACCAACAUCUUCCGUGGCCACGUUCAACCGGCACAGGUUUUUCCCUACCCGGAAGCACUGGACGCUGAACAGAAGGAAUACAUUGCUUCGUUUGUGGAUCCGGUAACGAAGUUCUUCGAGGAAGUUAACGAUCCAGUGAAGAACGAUGUGAACGCAUCGAUCGAUGAAAAAACAACCGAAGCGCUAUGGGAUUUGGGUGCAUUCUCUCUAAUGGUACCGCCGGAAUAUGGUGGACUUGGACUAAACAACACACAGUAUUCCCGCAUGUGCGACAUUAUCGGUGGGCAGGAUCUCGGUCUGGGCAUCUUCAUCGGUGCUCAUCAGAGUAUUGGCUUUAAGGGUAUUAUGCUGUACGGAGACGAACGACAAAAGGAAAAAUAUCUGCCGAUGGUAUCAACUGGCAAGGUUUAUGCCGCUUUCGCUCUUACCGAACCAAGUUCCGGUUCGGAUGCCGGUUCUAUUCGCUGCCGGGCGGUUAAAUCGGCCGACGGUAAACACUACGUACUGAACGGUUCCAAAAUAUGGAUCUCGAACGGUGGUAUUGCGGACAUUAUGACCGUGUUUGCGCAAACCGAGCUGGAGGAUCCGAAGACGGGCCAAAAGAAGGACAAGGUGACGGCGUUUAUUGUGGAGCGUGGAUUUGGUGGUGUUAGUAGCGGUCCGCCAGAGAACAAGAUGGGCAUCAAGUGUUCGAACACGGCCGAAGUGUACUUUGAGGAUGUGAAAAUCCCGAUCGAAAACGUGCUCGGCGGUGAGGGUAACGGGUUUAAGGUGGCGAUGAACAUCCUGAACAAUGGCCGGUUCGGUAUGGCGGCGACACUGUCCGGUACGAUGCGUGCCUGCAUCCAGAAGGCGGCCGAGCAUGCCACAAACCGUGUCCAGUUCGGUCGUAAAAUUGAAACGUACGGUGGUGUGCAGGAAAAGUUGGCCCGCAUGGCCAUGCACCAUUACGCUACCCAGUCGAUGGCGUACAUGAUCUCGGGCAACAUGGAUACGGGAUCGCUGGAUUAUCAUCUGGAGGCGGCCAUCUCGAAGGUGUUUGCGUCCGAAUCGGCUUGGUAUGUGUGUGAUGAAGCGAUCCAGAUUCUGGGCGGUAUGGGCUUCAUGAAGGACUGUGGAUUGGAGCGUGUGAUGCGCGAUCUGCGUAUCUUCCGUAUCUUCGAGGGUACGAACGACAUUCUUCGACUGUUUGUCGCCCUUACCGGUAUUCAGUACGCUGGAUCGCACCUGAAGGAGCUGCAGCGUGCAUUUAAAAAUCCGGCCACAAACAUGGGAUUGAUCUUUAAGGAAGGAUCGCGCCGUGCUAUCCGUAGCAUCGGGUACGGUGGUACUGACCUGAGCACGUACGUGGCGGACCCACUAAAACAGUCCGCUAAGCAGUGCUCGGAGUGUAUCGAUCUGUUCGGACAGACGGUGGAAUCGUUGUUGAUCAAGUACGGCAAGAAGAUCGUGGACGAGCAGUUCCUGCUGAACCGGUUGGCGGAUGCGGCCAUUGAUACGUACGCCAUGGCUGUGGUUCUAUCACGCGCAACUCGAUCGAUGCGAAAGGAUCUUCCCUCCGCCGAGCAUGAAGUGUUGAUGACCAAAGCCUGGUGUCACGAGGCUAGUGAUCGUGUGCGUGUAAAUAUACGCAAAAUUAACACCGAUUCGUUCGCGAAAAAUUACGGCGUUAUGUCGCAAAUUUCGAAAAACAUUUGCGCCAACAAUGGUAUCGCGCACAACAAUCCGCUAGAUAUUGAGUAAGGAGCGUCCCCUCCGAAAUGACACCGCUGGAAAAAAAGGAUUCCUAACAUUUCGCCCGAUGAAAGUUUCUUAAAGUGAAUCGUGAUAAUGGUGGUGUGCAAAACAAAACGAACAAUAUUGUCCAGCUGCUGUACGGGUUUUGAUAGCAGAACCCCAAAUCAGGACAAUUGGUGCGACACGAAUGGAAGAAGAGAAGUGUGUUUUGGAUGGAAGUGUUGUAGAUGUAAUAGUAUAAUUUUUUUGGUUUCGUUUUAUCACUCCCGUUAAUAGGACAAUCUUCUUUAAUGUAUGUUUGUACGACAAUUUACCAUUUCCAUUAACUUUUUUGUUUAUUUGUCGAAUCACUUUAAAGGUUUAAAUUGAUUUUUAAAAGAAUCCCAUCGAAGCUUAAGUUACUGACACAAUUCCACUGCUAGAAAUAUUUUUUUUGCUUCUUUUUGUUAGAUUCUUUUUGCUGGUGUGUAAGCUUUAAAUCACCGUAACUCCAUCUAUUAAUAUAACGUACCUUAGGAUUAAUGAACAUGUACAUACAACUGAUGAGCCUCAGCUAAAAAGCCAACUGAAAAGAACGCAAGGUCCACUUAAAAAUACGAAGGUGGUCGGGCAAUAGAUGAAUCAUUUCAUAAGUACCUCUCAA